AUGAUUCCGGAUGAAAACAUCUACAAGUAUGUCGGACCAAGCGGACGACUCCGUGCCUCCAAGCGAGCUGCAACAACAGAUGAACCCGAUAUCCUUGAAAAUAGGAAACAAAAUCGAGAGCCUACGGAGUUGUUCUUUCCUCACGACAAAUCUGAGAAAGUCCCAUAUGGUCAAGUCGUGGAGCUCAAAACUCCGAUUUUGGCUGGGGGCAUUCGCUUCGAGGAAGGGGAGUCGCUGAGGUUGGAGAUUAAGGGGCAUGAUCCAAUUCUCCCGGAGUACCCAGCUCUGAGAAAGGGUCCCACAAAUCUGAACAAAGGCCGGCAUGUGGUAUACACUGGGAGCAAAUUUUUAUCUACUUUGACUAUACCAUUGACAAAAGUGUGA